UGCGCGUGCGUGCCUGCGUGGGCGCGCGUGCGCGGCGCCGCUGUCUGUGGGUUGGCUGGUUAUUUUGCAAGCGGGAGGGGCCGUGCGCGCUCCUUCCUCGGCUUCUGUCCCCCACCCCCCUUCCCCGGUCCCCGUCUCUCCUUCGUAAAGAUGUCGGACACGGCAGUAGCUGACACUCGGCGCCUUAACUCGAAGCCUCAGGACCUGACCGACGCUUACGGGCCGCCGAGUAACUUCCUGGAGAUCGACAUCUUUAAUCCUCAAACGGUGGGCGUGGGCCGCGCGCGCUUCACCACCUAUGAGGUUCGCAUGCGGACAAACCUACCUAUCUUCAAGCUGAAAGAGUCCUGUGUACGGAGGCGCUACAGUGAUUUUGAAUGGCUGAAAAAUGAAUUGGAGCGAGAUAGUAAGAUUGUAGUACCACCACUGCCUGGAAAAGCCUUGAAGCGGCAGCUCCCUUUUCGAGGAGAUGAAGGGAUCUUUGAAGAAUCUUUCAUUGAAGAAAGGAGGCAGGGUCUUGAACAGUUUAUUAACAAAAUUGCUGGGCACCCACUGGCUCAGAAUGAACGCUGCCUACACAUGUUCCUGCAGGAGGAGGCAAUUGACAGGAACUACGUCCCUGGGAAGGUGCGCCAGUAGGAGCCCCUCUCACCACCUGCCCUCUACUUUCCUGCUGAGAUGACGUUGGUUUUUACACUAAGCCUCUCUCUCUCUCUGAUCUGAAGUUGGCUGCCCGUCCCCUGGCCUGAUAGACUGUCUGCCAUUGUACCCCUUGGUACCUCCUGACUACACCUUGUGGGCAUUCGGAAAGGAUCUUUUCUGAGGAGAUGUAGGAAAUCACAGGCAGAUGCCCUUUGCUUGGGGGAGGGUGGGUGGGUGGGGGGUUGGACUGGAAGGCAAUUUCUCGGGCAUUUACCCAUGCCAAGGCAAACCUUGUAUAGGGGGGCUCACGCUGGUGACACUUACAGACAAACCGAUGCUGCAAGUCCAGGGGAUUUUCCUUCUUAGGUUUAACCAGGAACACUGAGCGGGGAGAAAAACCCUGCCCUUUCUACCUGCAUGAACUUUUUCUUUUUGGGGAAAGUGGUAGAGAUCCAGAAGCUCUCCAUGUUUUCUCUAGGCCCAUUCCCAGUUUUCUCAGCAGUUUUUUUUUAUAUCAUUUUUUCCUCUCUCUUGUUGCUUUCCAUGGCAGUAAUCCUCCUAGAGUCUAAGCAAUCUGUUGUGUUGAGCAAAGUGUGGGUUUUCUGGGCCCAUCUUCAUGGCUGCUGCAGAGUCAGAAGAAAGCCAUAGGGAGUAGGGGAGGUCCUGUUGCCUAGCCCUCCUUUCUCUGUGGCUCCCUACUCUGGCUGCCUAUUUUUGCUUCCCAGCAGGUGGGUCAGUAUGGGCCAACAGUUCUCCCGCCCCAAGCCUUUGCUACUAUAUGAGUUAGCUUUGCAGGUUUGUUGGCUUCAGGGGUGGGGAUAACUCACCACUGCCAAGUGCCUCCUUGAACGGUGGCAGUUGGUCAUAUUCUAGGUUCCUCCAGAUUGUAGGGAAGAACGUCACUACUUUCUUCCUUUCUUUCUUCCUUCCCCAUCCCGUUUAGUGCUGCCUCAAGAGCAGAAGCACACAAAUAAACACAGUCUCUGAUUUCUCCUAAGCACUUUGAGCUGUUGAAUGGGGCUCAGGGGCCAGGGUUGUCACUGCUCUCCCCAGCUUGGUCACAAGGUUAUUGAACUGCCUGCACUUGUUUCCCACAGAACCUCAGCAUUCUCCCCAGGGCCAGCAGCUGGGUAUGGAUUUCCUAAAUUUUAGUCUAAAGUAGCUUCUUAUGGCUGACAAGUGUCCUGAGAUUUUGUCCGGAAGGGAGUGCUUUUUUUGGGGCUGGGGUUCACUGUCUCUCCUAAGUGGUAGGAUGAGACCAAGUUAACUCUGGUGCGUGGUGAAAGCUGGGGCCCUUUGCUUAGAUCUCUAUCAUGAAAGCCUUGGGGAAAGGAUUGCUGAUUCUGUGACGACCCUGGUCAGAGAGGUUAGGAUUAGAUUUUGACGAGUGGAGCCCAUCUAAAUGUUGACAUUCCUGGAGACAGAUGAACUCUGUAGCUGCUGAGCUCCCUUUCCCACCUCGCCAGUGUUGGUAUUGUUGCUGCCUUUUUGAUUUGUAUCCUUUAUUAUAACCUUUUUUUUUUUUUUUAAAAAGAUUUCUUCUUUCAUUGUGCGCAAGUGCUGAGAGUCUGAGGCCCCAUUUCUGCUGUGUAUAUAUCCUCAUUCGGGGCUUUUAUUCAGCAAACUGUUCAUUCUUCUGUCAGGAAAUGUCAUAUUCAAAUCUGUUCAUAUUAAACCACUGUGAAGCAA